AUGUCUAAUGAAAGGCAACUAAACAGACAAGCAUAUAUUAUAAGGUUACUUAAACAGUCACCACAGCCACUUUAUUGGAUCGCUUUCCUUAGUUUAAAUCCUAUAAUCAAAAGGCUAUUAUUAGACAACCAAGAUAAGAUAAGCCAAUGUUGCAAGUUUGACACAGCAACUUUUGAAAGACGAACAAAGAAAUUGGCUAAUCUUAUUAGUUGCUGUUUUCUUUACUCAGCUACGGUGACUAAUAAGUUUAUACCCAAAGACUAUGGAUUAAUAUACUUUAUCAUUAACUACUAUGGAGAAUUGAAUACUCCUUCCAACACUAAAAUUCAGAUCUCCCCAAACUAUUCUAAAUACUUCAAGUUGGAGACAUACAGGAAUCAUCCAACGUUAGUCAAACUAUAUGAAAAUAAAGAAUUCUUUAUAUUCCCUGCGAUAUUUGCUCAAUUGUUAAGUAACUACUUAACACCAACGAGAUACAAGUUAAACCAACGAUACUUAUCAUCAAGUAUUAAAUCAAGAAUAUUCGCUCCAAUCUGGAAGAACUUUUCAUUGGGUGUCAAUCAUGCCCGAUUAAACUGGAUUAGUCUAUUGAGAAACUACUUAAUCCAAAAUUACGUUAUAAUCGGCUUUCUCGGGUUACUUACUAUAAAGACCAGGUUAUUGGACAGGCUUUACGAAGUGAAAUACAAGAAACGUAAUGAAACAGAAUUGAGCGUGGUUUUGAACUACUGGACGUAUAAUUUCCAUAGAGCUAAUUCAAUCGUUAAUUUCAUCUAUGCUCCAAAUAUGAUUGCAAUUUUGUUGAUUACCUUGACUUCGCCAAUGUUCAGAUUAUUGAAACCCAAGGGAGAUAUUCCUAAAAACACGUUACAAAAACUUUACAAGAGAAACUAUAAGUUGUUUUUUAAGAGUUAUACCAAGACAAUUGGAUUUGUUGCUGCAUUUUUGACUCUUUACUUGAAUGCACUUAAUGUUGUCCCCGCGUUAGGUUACAAAGAUGAGGAGGAGGAUGAAACUGAAAAUAUAAGGACAAUUAGUAAAUCCUGGUUAAACGACUUGGACUUGUAUUUAUUCCGAUUGAUAUUACUAUCCAAGUGGAGAAUCACCAAAGAGAACCAUCCACUGUUUAAAAUAAUGAAAUUAAAGAACUGGAUAAGACUUGAAACAUUGUUGAUGUGUUUUGGUGUUUUCAAAGUAAUGAAUUUAAAUGAUUAUAUCAAAAAGAACAAACAGCAAGAUCCAGAUAAUUAUCAAAGACUCAAGGACAAUACAAUGAUCAGAAUGGUAGAUUGUAUCAUGUGA